GCAACGCAAACACACGCUCGGCGGCGAAAAACUCGGCGACUCGAAACGCAAAGCAAAAAUAAUAAAUCAAGAAACGCGGUUAACACGGCUGUCGCGGCUGCCUGUCCUCCUCUGAGCCGAUCCAAGUGGACUUGGUGAUUGUGACUUGAAAGUGUCUUUGUGCGCGAUCUGACAGUUUGCCAAACUUCAACGAGAGCUCCUCCACGGGAUUACAACAGAUACGCCGGACAAAGGCGGGGGCACUCUUCUACGAGUAUAUAUUAGCCACAGCUGACAUGACCACAUCGCACAUCUUAUCCGCCGUGGAUCCAACGACCGGACUCAGUGGCAAUGUGGCUGCAGGCGGCGGGCCUGGAUCGCCACAGCAUGUGACCCACAAUCACAAUGGACAUGGUCAGGGGCACGGACACGGACACGGCCAGGGCCAGGUACACGGAGGAGGCGUCGUGUCGGUUGCCUCGGGGCCCAGCGGCAGUGGCAGAGCAGCUCCGGGCAGUCCCAACGAGCUGGACCGCAAUCUGCGCGUCUCACUGGACGAUCGCGAGCUCUGGCUGCGCUUCCAGAACCUCACCAAUGAGAUGAUCGUCACCAAGAACGGCAGACGCAUGUUCCCGGUGGUGAAGAUCAGCGCCUCCGGCCUGGACCCAGCGGCCAUGUACACGGUUCUGCUGGAGUUUGUGCAGGUGGACUCGCAUCGCUGGAAGUACGUCAACGGCGAAUGGGUGCCCGGCGGCAAGGCGGAGGUGCCUCCCUCGAAUCCCAUCUAUGUGCAUCCCGAGUCGCCCAAUUUCGGCGCCCACUGGAUGAAGGAGCCCAUUUCCUUCGCCAAGGUCAAGCUGACCAACAAGACGAACGGCAACGGGCAGAUAAUGCUUAACUCCCUGCACAAGUACGAGCCGAGGGUGCAUCUGGUGCGGGUGGGCUCCGAGCAACGGCACGUGGUGACGUAUCCCUUCCCGGAGACGCAGUUCAUCGCCGUGACGGCAUACCAGAACGAGGAGGUCACCUCGCUCAAGAUCAAGUACAAUCCCUUCGCCAAGGCCUUCCUCGACGCCAAAGAACGGCCGGACACGCUGUAUCCGCACGACACCCACUACGGCUGGCUGAUCCCUCCGCCCACACACUAUGCCGCCGCCGCUGCUGCCGCUGCAGUGGCUGCCCCCCCACCAUUGUCCCUUGGCCAGACCCACAGCCUGGUGGGUGCGGCCACCACAGUGUCGUCGGCUGCCACUGCGGGAUCCAACUGCGAUCGCUACGGACGCUCGCUGUCCAGGCCCGGCGUGGCCCCCACCACCCGCACUACGCCCUACAGCAGGCCACGGGUCGUCUCCGGAUCGGGCUCUGGAUCGAAUGGCAGCGCGGGCAAUGCCUCCUCCUCAUCGCCGCAGCCACCGUCGGCCCCGCAAACACCCACCAGUAUGCAGUCGUCGGUGACGGGAUCGGUGAGCACCAGUGUGAGCAGCAGCAGCAGCGGAGUGGGCGGCGGCGGAGCAGGAGUUGGAUGCUACGGCAGCGCCUACUCGCAGUCGGGCUUCAUGCCAGUCCCGGUGGAGGCCAGUCCCACGGCCUCGGUGUUCUCGUAUCCCGGCAGCUGGCAGAGCAAUGGCAACUACUGGAAUGCCACGAGUGUGCCCGGCCCCAUGCCCAUGAACGUGUGCAGCAGCAGUCGCAGCACCAUCUCAACACACAACUCGCCAUCGCCCACGAACGGAUCGCCGAGCUACACGACACCCUCGCCCAGCUACACCAUCCACCAUCUGACGCCGCAUGGCCACCAGUACAACAUGGGACAGACGGACCUAUACGGCUCCGGAGUGGGGGGCACUGGCGUGGGCUCCUCACAGACGGCGUACGGAGGCACGCACCAGGUGUACCAUCCCACGCCCACCUCGCCCACCCACCAGCUGUAUACGAACGUGCUGAAUGCACCGUCGGCACUAAGCUACCCUACGGGCGGGUGGCACAACGGGUCCGGGGCAGAGUACGGACUGUACCAGAAUGCAGCAGCGGCCGCCUACUACCAGCCGGAGUACAUACCGCUGGAGAUCGGCUACGCCUCACACCCCCUGGAGCCCGUGGACGUUUCGAAGGCGCUGGACGAUCCGCAGUCCGAGAUGUACAAGCCGAGCGAGGAGCACAGCUCGGUGAUCACCCUGGAGUGCGCCGGCUCCAGUCUGAAGGCCAACGUGCAGCACAACGACAUCAAGCUGGAGUCAUCCUCCGCCUUGGAUCAUCAUUCAGUGGACAGGGGUGCAGCCGUGGCCAGUGCCAGUGUCAUUCCAACGGCUGUGCCCACUUCAGUGGUCACUGCGGUCAGCGCCGAUACAUGGACGCCCCUGACUCCGCCCCAGAGCACGCUGCAGUGAUUGGGAGUCGCAGACGAGAUGCAGACGCACAGUCCCAGCCUUUAGACGCAUGACCCCCUCCCAAUGGAUAUUCAAUCGUAUUAGAUUUAAAAGUUAUACCCUAGCAGUCCCCAAUGCACAUCCCCAGCCCACUCUUAUUGUAGUUUUACUUACGCUGUAAACAUUUUCCUAUAAAGUCUAAUCAAAGUACUAUCUUUAAUAAUGUUAGA